UUACAUUUUAAUUAGUCUUAUGAUGACAUGUCACUGAAUAUUUUUUUUCUAAAAUCAUAAAUGUUGUUUGCAUCUGAUUGUAUCUGAUAUCAGUGCUUACAGUAAAAUAAUUUCACAUCUAUUUUAGCAACAACAUGAGCAAGUCCAACAAAACUAAAACAUCAAAAUUUUACAAUGAACCACCGACGGUAGAGGAAGUGUACACUGGAUACCUGCAGAAGUCCCCUGCCCAAUCGACCCUAUCAAUAGGCAUUAAAUCAUGGAAGCACCGUUUCUUUGUGCUCUCCAUGACGGGUGAAGACGCCUACCAGCUGAAAUAUUACACAAACAGCGAAAAGAGAGACAAACCUGUCGGAGAGAUAGACCUUUCUAAGAUCAGCUUGCUGUUUACUGGCCCAGAGAAACAUCAGAUGUGGGACUGGAUUCAGAAACACUUCAGUUGUACUCCAGCCUCUGUGCUGUUCUUGACGGCGGAAGAUGACACACCAAAACACGCGAGAGAUUAUUUUCUGAUUGGAGAAAAAAGUGAUGAUGUGAAUGGCUGGUACAAUGCCUUAGCCAAGGCCCUGAAGACCCAGAAACCAAAUAAACUGCAACAUACAGAUGACACCCUUGAGAACAACAGAUUUAGAUCAAUGGCUGCACCUGUGAAGUGUCCAGAACCAAAGGAUGAAAAAUGGUCAGCACAUGAAUUAAUGUUAUCUUCUCUGCCCCCCAACCAUUAUGACUAUCCUCGCAAGUUCAGCGAACCUCUAGUACCAGCAGAGCGCAAGAUUUCAGUCAAAGACCAUGAAGACGAGAAGGAUGGGAAACAGGAUGAAUCUCCAGAGGACAGCAGUGAAUACAUGUUAAUGGAAUCAUUGCAAAUGAAAUUGGAAGAUGACCAACAGGAGGCGGACACUGCAUGCAUACAGACAAAUACUUCCAUUAAUGGCCACGAGUCCUCUUCGUGCAACGGUGCAGUCAACCAGGACGAUAAAAAUAAACGUGAAACGCACACACAUGUCGAGAAGGAGAUCUGCAUUAGUCAAAACAGUCUGAAAAACAGUCUGAUCUUGACGCAGGAAGAAGGCAAACCAUGUGUGUCUGAGUGUCGGCAGAUUCAGGACUCAUGUCUGUUCCAUAAGGGGGAUCAGAUCCUGGCCUUCAAUGGCCUGUGGAUAGAUACAGUAGAAGAUAUACAAACAUACCUUAGAAGACUAAGCAAGGAUGAGGUAAAACUCACUAUUCGGCGGUUUCCAGGAUCCCAGCCUCUCUACGUUGAAUCCUGCAUAUCACAAUGAGGACAAAAUCUCUUGUGAAUUCUCUUAUCACCAUUGAGUUAUUAGAAAUAUUGUGCACAUGUCUAGUUUAAGGUCAAAGGGUCUGUGGGACAUUAAAGCUCAUUAAUUUGAGUCUAAUCAUACCGGUGGAAAAUAAGGUGUUAAUAAUAACAGAAGUGGAAAUUCGAUUAUCUAAAGUACAUUUUCCUCUUUUGCAUGUACAUAAACCAUGUAAAUAUGUAAAACAAUGCAAAUGAAUUAUGUUAGACUCACUGACAUCAAAAUGCCACUGAGUGAAAGAAAUUAGUAACAUUCAGACUGUAUAUAUGUACAUGAAACUGCUUGAGUAGGUAUAUAUUAGUUCAUGUUUGUUGUAUGUGAAGAACAAGAGUCAAGUAUUACUUUAUAACAAGUAUGAAGGUUAAUUCACUGUGAAAAAUGCACAGUUAUAAACUGUUCAUGUAUUUUAACCUCUUUAAAGCUGCACUUUUUACAGUUCAAACAGUGUACAAUACUUUAUAUACUGAGUAUAUACAACAUUUCUGUUAUUGUAUUUCAUUUUGAAAAGCAUUAAAUCAAUGAUGUAUUGCUCCAAAUCAUUAUGUAUUGAUUUAAAUAUUUCAGUCACUCUUUAGAUUUAUGAUUACUGAAGAUGUAGCCUACUUAAUAUAUAUAUUUAAUUAUGCUGUACUGAAGCAUGUGUUUGCACCUUGUUACACUGUGAAGUGUUAUUAAACUUUCAUAACUGUUAACCCUUGAUUGUGUGUCACUGAAACUAAGGAUUUAAAGAAUAGAGCUCAGGGAGUUACAAGGUAUAAUCAAUGGAUUCAAAUGAUUAGUUGGAUAUAAUACACAAGUUUAUUGUACAUUUCAAAGCAAAAGUAAUAAAGAUUGCUAUAAGAUAUUUUGUAUUUAGCCUUUUGAUUAUAAAGGUUUAUGUUAAAAUCUUUGCUUAAUGUAUGCGUUCCAAAUUGUCCUCAAAAUCAAUUUAUCUGUAUCUGUGCAUUCAAGUGCAAGAUGAUAUAAAUUAGUGUCAGGUCGGAGGUUUGCAUGUAUUUUUAUACCAGGAACAAGUGCAACAAUGAAAACAUUCUCACUUACCUUAUGUACACUAAUUAAUGACACAAUUUAGUUCAAUCUUUGUUCAGCCCUUACAUUCUCAGGGACCUUUCACUUUGACUCCUAUUAUUAAAAAAUGAUUUUUCUUUAUUUUUAGCUUUCAUUAAAAGUAUUAAAGGGAUGGUUCACCCAAAAAUGAAAAUUCAGUCAUCAUUUUCUCACCCUCCAGUUGUCCCAAACCUGUAUGAAUUUCUUUCUUCUGCUGAACACAAAAGAAGAUAUUUUGAAGAAUGUCGGUUAACCAAACAGUUGAUGGGCUCUAGUGACUCAGUGUAUAUUUGUACAUAUUUUCAGUCACAGUUUA